AUGGCCUUGAGUGGAAACUGCAGGACUUACCUCCCUCCCAGAGAGCAAGCAACAGCUGCACAAUCCUACCCAGAGGUGAUAGAGCUGAAUGUGGGCGGCCAGGUUUAUUUCACUCGCCUCUCAACUUUAACAGGCAUUCCCCACACCCUGCUUUGGAAAAUGUUCACCUCCAAGAGAGAGUCGGCCAACGAUCUUGCAAAAGAUUCCAAGGGAAGGAUAUUCAUCGACAGAGAUGGCUUCCUGUUCCGCUACAUCUUGGACUAUCUCAGGGACAAGCAAGUGGUCCUGCCUGACCAUUUUCCAGAAAGAGGGAGGCUCAAAAGGGAAGCUGAGUACUUUCAGCUGCCAGACUUGGUCAAAAUUCUGAGUCCGGACGAGAUCAAGCAGAGCCCCGACGAUUAUUGCCAUAGUGAUUACGAGGAGGUUUCCCAAAGCAGUGACACGAGAAUAUGUGCCCCGUCGUCACUCAUGCCCUCGGAUCGAAAGUGGGGCUUCAUUACCAUUGGCUACCGGGGGUCGUGCACCAUGGGUCGGGAGACCCAAGCAGAUGCCAAGUUCAGGAGGGUCCCGCGGAUUUUGGUUUGCGGCAGGAUUGCUCUAGUCAAAGAAGUUUUUGGAGAAAGUUUGAAUGAGAGCAGGGACCCAGACCGGGCUCCCGACAGAUACACCUCCAGGUUCUACCUGAAGUUCAGGCACCUGGAAAGGGCUUUUGAUAUGUUGUCAGAAUGUGGAUUCCACAUGGUGGCCUGCAAUUCUUCAGUCACGGCUUCUUUUGUCAAUCAAUACACUGAUGACAAAGUUUGGUCCAGCUACACGGAAUACGUCUUUUAUCGUAAGUACAUCUGA